UGGUUUGAUGCAGCGUAAACCAGUUGCCGUGUAACACAUCUCUACAUAUUUUAUUUAUUUAUUAAUUUUUACGGGUGAAUAUUUUAUUUGAUCACUAAUACUGAAACGAUUGAUCAUGCUCUGGGCUUAAACUACAGCGGGUCAUCUCUUGGACACAGAAAAACUACAAGGAGUUUGAAUCAAGAGGAGUCAGUUUCAUUUUUUCAGAAGUUACGAUGCCACCUGUUACCAGGAAAGCAAAAAAAGAGUUUCUAAAAGAAGAAGAGUUUGAGAUAUUCAGAAGGAAUGCUUCUAUGCUUAUCGAAAAAAUGGUGGAACUGAGUUGCCAAACUCCAAAAGAUAGUACUGUGUUAGUGGAUGAGGCUCUUCACAGUAUCUUCUUUUUGGGAGGAAUAAACAAUCCACCGUGCCCCCCAGAAGUUAUCAUCACAGAUAUGGAAAUUUUAAAUUCACUGAAGGAAUCCUAUCCAAAGCCUUUUGAACUCUAUUCCAUUCAACUACCCAAGCGACAUCCAUUUUCAUGUGUUCUCGAUAUGAUUGUCCAGGUGACUGGUCGAGAGAAAGAAAACGGCAUCAAAGAGAAACUCAAAGAGCUCAUCCGUCAGCUGAAGCAAGAUGCUAGAUCAAAGAUCUUGUACUCCUUCACCAUCUGUGUGUCUUACAUCGACAUCCCAGAUCCAGUCAAGUACUACGGUGUCUCCAUGUCCACUACUGGUCGUACUGCUGGGAAAAUAAUGGUUGGUGCCUCCUGUCUAAGUGCUUGGGAUGAUGAUGUAGCCGGAGCAGUGAUGACCUACAAUCCAGAUAAGUCCAAAAAGAAAUACUUUGAUGGAACCAUUAUACUACCUGACUCUGUCAGGUGUGAGUCAUUUAAACUUGAUAGUGGAGAAAAAAUGAAUCCUUGCAGAUCAUGUGGAAAUCUGUUUGGUUUGCAAACAGAUGAAAACACAGAUGAAUGGCCCUAUGGCAACUGUGCAGAAGCUGAAAGUGUGAGUGAGCUGCUGAAAAGUGAGCAUCAAGUCAAAGAACAAGUACGAGCACGACAUAGAUCAGAUGAAAACAGGCAGAAGGCUAGAAAUGCUGUUUUGAAACAACUCAAGAGUGAACUGGAAAACACUGAUUUUAAAUGGGACAACAAUUUCUACACUCCACAAAGGAUCACAUAUUAAAAGUGGAUGUAGUUAUUGGAUAUAAAAAAAAUCAUUUGUAUAGUUAAUGUUUCACAAUGCUUCCAGGUUGUGAAAUAUUUAUUUAUUUAUAGGGCUAUAGGCUUUGAUUGGAACAAUUAGCUCAAUUAGCUGCGUUUCCAUUACAGUUUUUCGCAAAAAAAGGUGAAAGGUGUUUUACGAAUGAGCUGUAACUCUCAUAACAGUAAUAUGCCUGACAUGCAUCAUCUCGAAAAAAGUGUUUCCAUUGCACUUUUGCAAUACACUGUUAUAUCAGAAAGACCACCUCAUGAAAGCAUAAAGGUGUUUUAGCGAUAUUUGAGAGUUUUUUUUUGAAAUAUAGGAGUUUCCAUUAGUUUUUUAUUGUGAUAUUUAGGUAUUUCAUUAAUGGACACACAGCAAUUAUUGUAAUGAAAUUCUUGAUUGCUAUCUAGAAUUCUGGCAAUCUGGGAAAAAAAUGGUUACAUAUAACAAAAGCAUAUUUUUGCAACCUCAGUGGGAACUCAGUCAGACAACAUUGAAGCAUUUACAUUUUGAAAGAAAUAAAAGGCUAUCAUAUUUGGAUAAUUUGCAACCAGACUGAAAUCACCAUUAUGAGGUCAACAUCUUUCCGUGGAACAAGGCUUGUUGCGUAUAAUUUCAAAGGAGAAGAAGGAUCACAAAGACAUAUGUCAAAAUGACAAAAUCACAGUCCAGUCAGAAAAAACUGACUCAUGUGACCACUUCAACUGAAAAAGGCAGUCGUUAUUGGGAAAGAAGCAGGGUACACUCUGGACAGGUCGCCAGUCCAUCAGAGGGAUAUCACAACGAAUGCUCCCAUGCACGCUGACGACCAACCCUGCCACCAGCAAAAUGGGAACAAAGCUGAAGUCACUGUGAAGUUGAAAAUGUGCCACUUCACCUUUGGAAAGAAAAAAAGAGUCCAUCAGAAGAAUCUAGCAAUAAGAUGUAUUCUAAAGAUGUGGGCAGUACUCUACUGUACACUGCUUGGCACUCGAGGGCCAAUGAAGACAAAUUUCCUGGAGCAACAGAGCAAGUUUCUGAAAAUGGAUAAAAACCAAUGGAUGAUAAAAAUCGAUGUGAACAGUAGAGUUGCUCAUGUAUAUGUAUGUAUAAAUAUGCUGUUAUCAAUAAAGCUGUGGAAAAAAGAAUGUGUUCUGUUAUUUCUCUGGCAGACAUGACACUCCAUCCGUGGACUGAUUUACUUUACACAUUUCACAAAAAGGAAAAAGGGAAACAGACAAACUGACAAGGGACAAAGGACAAAGGGCUGACGACUUAAUGCAAGAGAUUCCAAAAUAGAACAACCCAAUCACAAAAGAAAACCAAAAACCAACCAAGUAACUGGGACCAAAAGAGUCAAGAGUUCUUGCAGACCCUGAAACUUCAGAACUGAAGGUGCCAGGCUCGGGAUUUUGCCAACAAGAAUGGCUGCUCAGGGUGGCUGAGACCAUCUGGAGGCUGAGCAGUCAACAGGCUGAGCAGUCAACAGGAUUUGCUGAAGGCAUCAGCCCAGAGGUGAAGGUGGAACCCUUCUGAAGGUUGGGUGUUCAACAGUGAAGAUUUUCUUCAGGUUGAUGUCAAAGGCCCUCCACAACCCUGGCAGAAGGCAGGUGGAAAUGACAAAGAUCCUCUGGUUGUUAACCAGAAGCUCGUGAAGUUGAUCAACCAAGAAGCAGCUCCUAUUAUGGCAUCAUCAGGCAGUGGCAGCCCAAGCUAUGGCACCCAUAAACCAUGGAAGGUAUGGGCCUGAUGUUCACAGAACUACAAGGAGAAACUUGAGCAUAGAUGCUUUCAUAUGCCACAUUGAAAUGUCUCUCUCAUGUCUCUUUCUCUAUCUAUGUGCCCCAUCUCCCUCUUGCCUUUCUACAAGACUUCCAGUAGCAUGAAGCUGUGUGUUUCUGAUCUGCAGUCCUGGACCCACUCAACAUAUCCAGUGUUCAUUCCCACAGAACAGUUACACAUCCUUUUCCAAUCAAUUCAUAAUAUUUGUUCUUAUGUUCAUACAUUUUGAAAGACUGCUCAUCUGUAACAUAAACAACUAUCAUUGUGGAUGUAGUUUUCUCUCUGUAUACGGCCAACUCAGGAGGUGCCUUGGGAACAGGACAAGUUCCGCGAUGUGCUGGGAAGCAAGAUCUUCAUCAACUGAAUAACUUAACUAACGCUGUCCUGAGUAGCAAGAUUCCUCAACGAAGCUGGGCAGCAGUACGUACGUGACGUUGGAUAAGAGGAACACUGUGGAAAUGACAAUGGGAGAUGGGUAUCUGUGAUGUUCUAUGUGGCUUUGCGCUAUCUGACCAGGCUGCCAGGUUGAGGAACAUCUGGCUGAUUACUCACCAGCUUAAGGCAAGCCAGCACGGGAGCUGACUGGAGGUUCAAAUUCAGAGGUCUAGCAGGCCCUAUGAUAAACUCAGCAUAGAGUCCACAAGAAACACAAAGGAUGUUCAGCAAAUUCCUCUUAAUAUUGGUAAUGUCUUUCAAAUAUCCAAUCAGCCGAGAAAUAAGAAAAUAUUUUUUUCAUUAUGUUUCCUACUUUCAGCUUGCGCUCAGUGUCUGUAAUGUUCUCAGGGAUUCACUUACCUUUUUAGAGAGAAUAAGUAACAAAAAAGAAUGACAGUCAUGCUUGCAUAUUCCACUAUAGUAAUUAACAUGUCUCUCUCUGUGUUUCUUUCUCUUUCCCCCUUACCCCAUCUACCCCUUGCUUUUCUCUGAAUGUCCCUGGCCUGGAGCUGCGUGUUUCUGAUCUGCGGUCCUGGCCCCACCAACCCCACCCCAGUGUUCCUGUCAGUUACUUUAUUUAUUUAUUUAUUUAUCUAUUUAUUUAUUUAUUUAUUUUACAGAUAUAUAUAUGUGUGUGUGUGUGUGUGUGUGUGUGUGUGUGUGUGUGUGUGUGUGUAACACUUAUAUGUAAUGUAAAAGACCAUCACUGCUGACAUAGUUGUCUAAUAUUUCAAUCACAGAUGCUAAGUAUAUGUUUUACCCAGAGGAUUUGUAAAUGUAUCUCCUUGUUUCUCAUUCUUUCUUCUUCUCCUUUCCUUCUUUCUCUUCUAUCCCAUCCUUUUUUUCUGUCUUUACCUGGCUGGCCUCAGGCAGAUGGGUCCCUCCAUAUGAGCCGGGUUCUGCUCAAGGUUUCUUCCUGUUCAAAGGGAGUUUUUCCUUGCCACCGUCGCCUUAGUGCUUGCUCUGGAGGUUUCAGGCUCAGUGUUGUGUAGAAUACGUUAAAAACAAUUUGUCAUUGUAUCUAAAAAAUAAAAAUAAUACAAAAUA